AUGGCCGAAGAUUUGUUGAGAGAGAACAAUGCUCGAAGGGAACCACCAGCCCAAGCGGCCCCUAGAACGCUUCGAACGUACACACAACCGAAGCACACUCAACUACUCUCUUGCAUUAACAAGGAGCCGUUGGAGGACUUUGAACUCCAACCACAAUGCAUCCAAAUGCUCAACAACAUGAGUUUCCGGGGUAGGCCCAAUGAGGAUCCAAAUGCUCACCUUACCAAUUUCAAGAUGAAUUGUAAGGCGAUAAAGAAAGGGCCGGGAAUCACCACGGAAGAUGUGCUCCUUGAGGCUUUCCCAUACUCACUCAUGGAGAGAGCAAGAGAUUGGCUCUACACUCUUAAGCCAAACUCCAUUUCAUCUUGGGACGAGAUAGAGGAGCAGUUCCUUAUGCAAUACUAUUCACCCACCAAAACUCAACACGCAAGGAAUCAGAUCAAUGCUUUUAUACAAGAGGAUGGGGAGAAUCUUCAUGAUGCAUGGGAACAAUUUAAAGAAUACCAAAGGAUGUGCCCUCACCAUGGAAUGGAACGAGAUUACCUCCUAUCUAUCUUCAUUCAUGGAUUAAAAGAUGACACUCGAUCAUGGAUCGAUGCGGCAUGUGGGGGUGACAUCUAUGACAUCCCUUUUCAAGAGCUAGAAGCAACAAUUGCAAAGUUGGCCAAAGGGCGAGGCCAUACAUCAAAUGAGUUCAGUAGGAGGGGCUCAACAAAGGGAGAUGCGGGAGAAGGAGCAGCACUCAAGGCAGUGUUAUCUGAACUUGCUGAGAUACGGAUACAACUUGCGCACAGUAAGCAAGUAGCAGCUAUAGAGGAGCCAAGUUCAGCACAAAUCCAACCGGGGAUGUAUUUGGUCAAUCAAGAAGCGGAGGAAGCCAAUUAUGUUGGUCCAAACCAAUACAACCACCCCUCCAACCUAUACCAUCCCGGGUUAAGGAACCACCCAAACUUCUCCUACAAGAACCAAACAAAUGCAACGAACCCGCAAUCGACGGGCGCCCUACCCUCAUUUUAG